CAAAAGUUCAUCAUGAACAUGGAAAAGAAUUUUGCACAUGCGUGUGAAAGCUUUUGCAGUUUAAUGGAGGAUGAUAUUUUCAUCGGAUGUGUAGAUUAUUCUGCCAUGUUGGGUAAUUCUCCUGAUUUUCAUAGGGAGGGUUUAGUUAUUACAGAUCGUCUUUGGACUGGUAAUGACUUUACUGAUGGGGCGCAGCAGCUGCCUGAACAAUAUCAUAUUGACGAGGUGUACCAUCAAGUCAUGGACAUUCCACAAACUUCAACCUCCUCUCUGCAUUACGAAUUGCUUGGUAAUAAUCUUGAUCCCCAUUGUAAAUCAAAACUAAAUAGUGCAUUCAGGAAUUACAGGAAAGAGUCCACAAAGGAAGUCCAAUUGUAUUUGGUACCUGCAGUGGGACAGAAAUCAGUAAAGAGAUGCUUCGAUUUUCUAAGGAGGACGUAUAAAAAUAGCAGAGACAAGUCAAGUUGGGAAGCAAAUGAUGGGUUGGUAGAGGAAUCAUAUGCGUUUACACAUAAGCUUGCUGAACGCAACAGGAGAACUAAACUCACUCAGCAGUUUUUGGCUUUACGCUCCCUUGUUCCUCACAAUUCCAAGAAAGUUGAUAAAAGUUCCACACUAUCAAAUGCUAUUAUGGAGCUUAAUCGACAAAAACUUCGCAUACAGGAGCUUGAGCAACAGAAUCAAAGCCUAACCAAUGCAGUUAGAGAGAAUUCUAUGAGUGAAGCUUGUAGUAGCUUAUCUUAUGGCUGCGCAGCAAAUUCUAGAAGAGAUGCUUUUAUGCAUUGUAUUUGUGAAGAAGUUGAUGUACUUGUUGAGAAAACCAGCAUUCCAGAUGAAGCGAUCAUCGAAGUAACCCUGAAAAAAGUAGCAUCGAAUUGUCCUCACAUGGACGCCAUUGCUACAGUGGAUAAGUGCUUGAGAAAAAUGGAAUUGAAGGUAGUGAGAAUACAAUGGAGGGAGUUAGGCUCAGCAAACCAACUAAUUGAGGGGACAAUCCGCAGGAAAGCAAAGGGAGAACGAUGGGAGUCGAGACAGAUUAAGUCAGCGGUGAAACAUGCUCUUACUGGGAGUUAAGAGUUCUUACAUAACUACAGAAACGGUGUUUAUGAGCCAGUAAAAGUCUGAGUUUUUGAGAAAAGGCACAUUCAAGAUUUUGCGUGUCUUGAAGCAGUUUUGUACAAAAAAGAUAUUUUAAUAAAAAAUCUCUUUAAUUA